AAUUGUAUUACGAAGUGAAAUAUGGGGUCGCUUGUUUUAUGUGCGUUCAGAAAUUUUAAACUGGAAAACUGUGCUCACAAACCUUCAGCGGCGCCUUGACCAAAGGCAUUAUACAGCAAAUAAAAGAAAUUCGAAAAACAUCAGUGAGCAAUUUGGCAUUGACGAGAACCCGAUGAAGACAAAAAUUCCAAGUAAAAAUGAAGAGGAGUGCAGGCCUUGCAAAUCCCGUGUAGUGGGAAACCCCUAUGGCAUUUUGGACAUUAAAGACAUCCCAAAAGGAAAACUGUCCAUUGUGGAGGCCUUGACCGUCCUCAACAACUACAAACACUCUCCUAAAUCUUGGACACCUAAUAAAAUAGCCCAAGAGUACUCUUUAGACUUAAAGGAUACCAAGGCACUUCUGGAAUUCUUCAUUCUCUUUGAUGUUAAAAUUAUACCACCAAAGACUGAAGACAAGAAGCAGAUAAAAGCUAACUAACAGUCUU